GUACUCAGGCCCCAACACUGGUAAUGUGCACAUCAUCGCUGACCUCUUCGCUGAGGUCAUCGGAGUCCUCGCCCAAUCCAAGUUUCAGGCAGUGCGUAAGAAGUUCAUCACAGAGCUGAAGGAACUGAGGCUGAAGGAGCAAAGUCCUCAUGUGGUGCAGAGCAUCAUCAGCCUCAUCAUGGGCAUGAAGUUCUUCAGAGUCAAGAUGUACCCCGUUGAGGACUUUGAGGCUUCUUUCCAGUUCAUGCAGGAAUGUGCUCAGUAUUUCUUGGAGGUGAAGGACAAAGAUAUCAAGCAUGCUCUGGCUGGCCUGUUUGUUGAGAUCCUCAUCCCUGUAGCUGCUAACAAAGAUCCCAAAAUGUCUCGUGUAGCACUGGAGUCUCUCUACCGGCUGCUCUGGGUUUACAUCAUCAGGAUCAAGUGUGAGAGCAACACAACCACACAGAGUCGUCUCCUCAGUAUUGUAACAGCACUUUUCCCAAAGGGCUCUCGCAGCGUGGUCCCCAGGGACACACCCCUCAACAUCUUUGUUAAGAUUAUUCAGUUUAUCGCUCAGGAACGGCUGGACUUUGCCAUGAAAGAGAUCAUCUAUGACCUGCUGUGUGUGGGCAAAUCCCACAAGACUUUCACCAUUAAUCCAGAGAGGAUGAAUAUUGGUCUUCGGGCCUUCCUGGUGAUAGCCGACAGCUUACAACAGAAGGACGGCGAGCCGCCCAUGCCCACUACAGGCGUCAUCUUACCUUCAGGCAACACACUGCGGGUCAAAAAGAUCUUCCUCAACACCACUCUCACAGACGAGGAAGCCAAGGUCAUCGGUAUGUCUCUGUAUUACCCUCAGGUUAGGAAGGCCCUGGACAACAUCCUCAGGCACCUGGAUAAAGAGGUGGGACGAUCCAUGAGCAUGACCAACGUUCAGAUGUCCAACAAAGAGCCAGAGGACAUGAUCACUGGGGAGCGUAAACCGAAGAUUGAUCUGUUCCGGACAUGUGUAGCUGCCAUUCCUAGACUAAUCCCAGACGGCAUGAGCAGACAGGAUCUCAUCGAGCUACUGGCCAAACUGACCAUCCAUAUGGAUGAGGAGCUGCGUGGUCUGGCGUUCACCACUCUGCAGGCUCUGAUGGUGGACUUCCCAGACUGGAGAGAGGAUGUGUUGUCUGGUUUUGUGUAUUUCAUUGUGAGGGAGGUGACUGACGUUCACCCCACACUACUGGACAAUGCUGUCAAGAUGCUUCUGCAGCUCAUCAUACAGUGGAGACAGGCGGUACAGAGCAGCAACCGCAACCAUGAUUCACAGAGCCCAUCUCUCCCUCUGGAGCGAUCUCCUCUCUGGACGGUUCUGCAUGUGGUGGAGGGUCUGGCUCUGGUCGUGCUGUGCAGCUGUCGACCAGCAACACGCAGACUCGCUGUCAAUGUCCUCAAAGAAGUCCGAUCACUGCACACAGCCCUCGGCAUCGCUAAGGGAGAUGAGGAGUUGGCUAUAGAAGUGAUGGACAGAUUGAGUGCUUCAGUCCUUGAAAGCUUUAUUCACCUUACUGGGGCCGAUCAGACGAAUCUGCUGUUCUGUCCCAGUGGAAUAGACCUUCAGACUCUGGCAGAGUGGAGCUCAUCUCCCAUCAGCCACCAGUUUGAUGUGGUAAGCCCCUCCCACAUCUGGGUGUUUGCCCAUGUGACUCAAGGUCAGGACCCCUGGGUCAUCAGCCUGUCUAGUUACCUGCGGCAAGAACACCUGCCCAAGCACUGCCCCACUGCGCUGAGCUACGCCUGGGUCUUUGCCUCCACACGCCUUCAGCUGCUCUCGCCACAAGUCGACAUCAACAGCCCGAUCAAUGCUAAAAAGGUGAACAGCAUGAGCAGUAGCAGUGACUCAUAUGUGGGACUUUGGAGGAACUACCUAAUCCUCUGCUGCAGCUCUGCCACCUCUUCCACAUCUUCAUCUUCAUCGGCCCCCGGCUCUGUCCGCUGCUCCCCACCUGAGACGCUGGCAUCCACCCCAGACAGCGGAUAUAGUUACGACUCAAAGAUCAUUAGCAUUCCGUCCCCUUCCUCCUUGUUCAAGCAUGUGGUUCCCAUGAUGCGCUCUGAGAGCAUGGACAUCACUGAGUCUCUCGUCCUGGGGCUUGGCCGGACCAACCCUAUUGCCUUCAG